UUUCUUUCCCUCUUUCACACUUAAUUUCUUUGUUUUCCUUCUUUCUUUCUUUCCUUUUAUUUAGAAUUCUGUUUAUUCGUUUUUCUUUUAUUUCGUUUUCUUUCUCUUCCUUAAUUUUUUUCCUUUAAUUCCUUUUUUUGUUUUCCCUUCCCUUCCUUUCUUUCCUUCCUUUUAGCUUUCUAUCUGUGUGUUUAACGUGUUGUAUAUUUGCCUCGUUGUGAUACACAGGAGCACUUACACUCGCGGGGCCCGUCUCCAAAUUUAGUUUAUCAAGUUUAACCUUGAAUUCAUGUGUGCUGGGAGGGGGGAGGGUUAAUGUUUUAUUCAGUGCAAUAAAGAACGCACACACCUACUCCUGCCUCUCUGUCUUACAAUUCUGGAGGCAGUCUGGUGUUGAUGAGACGGUAGGGAAACGGAGUGAGGACACGGGAAAGGUCUUUGGUUGGCUUGUAGCAACCCCUCGCCUCCCGUCUAUACCUCACCGGGAGUGGCUUACGCCCGUUUCAACAGGUAUAUAUUUAGGGGAGAAGUAGACAUUGGUCACUUCAGCGUCUGACCAUCCAAGAGCCAGCCUCUUGCCCCUUUCUCGCUCCCUUCGCCGAAUCAGCGUCCAGCCAGCCAGCGCCUUCCUUCCCUCCCGGCGCUGGGCAGCCUACAGCCUCUCACUCUUGCUCCCGUCGCCUCAGCACCCAGCCAGCCAGCGCCUUCCCUCCCUCCCGGCGCUGAGCAGCCCACAGUCCACGCUCCGUGUUCUCCCUUCGCUCCGUGUUCCUCCCCGCCUCCAGGAUGGGUCGCCGGCCUCGUGGUGGUCUGCGGUGUGUGGCAGCGGUGGUGGUGGUGGUGUUCAUGCAAGUCCUGCCCGCCACGUCUGCUCCUGCCCCUGCCGGACAGGAGCCCAUCACGCCCUCGCCUUUUGGGGGGCAAGGGAACCAAGGCGGUUUGGACUACGGUGACUUCGAAGGCGGAGGCGGCGGCGCAGUCUUUAAUGGCUUGGAGGCCAAUAGAGCAAGCUCCGGAGCCCUCUUCAGCAAAGGAGUCGGGGCUGAGGUUGUGGCAUUCCAGUCCCCUCAUCAGUUCACCUUCAACGGCUAUCACGGCUACGGUAAGAACGGUUUCAACGGCGGCUACGGUAACAACCGCGGCUACGGUAACAACGGCUUUAACGGUUAUAACCAAGGCUACAGUAACAACGGCUACAACGGUUAUAACCGCGGCUACGGUAACAACGGCGGCCAACGUGGCUUCCGUAACUCCGGCUGUCAGUUUGGAUGUUAAUGGCUAUGACGGCUACUUCGGCUCCGGCGGCUACGGUAGCUACGAUAACAACGACGACCACGUGACAUUGGUGGCUUCGGUAACUUCGGCUGUCGGUGGGGACGUUGCUGGCUCAGGUCAAGAUCUAAAGGAAGAGAUUAUUUAGAUCUUGACUUAGGCCAGUCCGUCCAUGGCAGCAAGUGAUAUGGCUUAAUUUUAUGUUGUCUGCUUUUUUGUGUUUCUUUGUAUGUCUUGUAAUACGUUAAUGUUUUUCAGUGCAAUAAAGAACAUACACCCA